GCUCUUCUUAUAGAUUUAAUUACGGUUUCAGAACGGAUUUUUGUGAAAUGGCGAAUUUGUGAUUCUUGUGGAUCAAUUUAUUUUAUUUGAUUGAUAAUUUUAUAUGGAAAAUAUGCAGUGUUGUGAACUAUUUAACUCUGUGUAUCGCAUUUAAAAACGUUACUUAUCCGUUAUUGACUCUCUUCUUAAUAUGAUAAACGAAACCAGUUGAUUGCAUUUUUGUCAAGUGUUGGGUUUCCUCGAGAAACAAAAUCUACAGACAUCACUAUGAACAAUAACUGUGCUGGAGUUGGAGUUGGUGCUGGGGCAGUGGGUGGUGGGGGUGGAGCAUAUGAUGCUAAAAUUGCAGGAUUAUAUGAUUUACUUGACACCUUGGGAUCUGGCCACUUUGCUGUUGUGAAACUAGCUCGCCAUGUUUUCACGGGUGAAAAAGUAGCUGUUAAAGUUAUAGAUAAAAGUAAACUAGAUGAUGUUUCUAAAUCACAUUUGUUCCAAGAGGUGCGCUGCAUGAAGUUGGUGCAGCAUCCCAACGUAGUACGUCUGUAUGAAGUGAUAGACACACAAACUAAACUUUACUUAAUACUAGAAUUAGGAGAUGGUGGUGACUUAUAUGAUUACAUUAUGAGACAUGAAUCCGGUUUAUCUGAAUCUCUUGCUCGUGAUUAUUUUCGUCAAAUUGUUCGUGCAAUAUCAUACUGUCAUAGGUUACAUGUGGUGCAUCGUGAUUUAAAACCUGAGAAUGUAGUCUUUUUUGAAAAACUAGGUGUAGUGAAAUUGACUGACUUUGGAUUUAGUAAUAAAUUUUGUCCUGGUCAGAAAUUAGAAACUUCAUGUGGAUCUCUAGCAUAUUCGGCUCCAGAAAUUCUUCUUGGAGAUUCCUAUGAUGCACCUGCAGUUGAUGUGUGGUCCUUAGGGGUCAUACUCUACAUGCUUGUGUGUGGUCAAGCUCCAUUUCAAGAAGCUAAUGAUAGUGAAACUUUGACAAUGAUUAUGGACUGUAAAUACACUAUUCCUCUACAUAUAUCAAAUUCUUGUAAAAGGCUUAUUGGGCGAAUGUUAGUGAGGGAACCGGAAAAACGUGCAACUCUGUCUGAAAUAGCUACGGACCCCUGGGUUACAGCAGGUGAAGGAGUCACAGUAGAAGACUUUGAUACACCUUUGGUGGCAAAAGAGCAACUUUCAGAAGAUGAUCGCACAGCAAUUGUUCAAAGGAUGGUUAAUGGCACUAUAGCUUCCAAAGAGCAGAUUUUAGAAGCUUUAGAAAAAAAUGAGUAUAAUCACAUUACAGCCACAUAUUAUCUUUUGGCAGAGAGGAAACUUAGAUCCAAAAGGCAGGAGGCGAAUUUGCGUGCACGUCGGCCAGAAGCGCUCAGCGUGGCUCGCGCCGCGCCCGCGCCUCAACCGCGGGGACUACUGGCGCCGCCCGCGCUCUCCGCCGCGCCGCGCACGCCGCAGGACGUGCCUCCGCGAUCGCGGAAAUGUAGCAUUGUUCGCGAAGAAGAGGACGAUGAAGAAGGUGCGGUCGCCGGUGGGUGCGGUGGGCGCGUGGUGGACGCCCGGCGCGGGUCGCGCUCCGAGGGCCGCCUGCACCUCGCCGCGCGCGCUGCGCAUCCCGCCACGCCCGCGCCUUCUGCGCAACGCCCUACUCUUCUCGCCGAUAACCUCACCAAGGUGAACUUGGAUGAUGAAGGGAGCGCCGAAUCGAUGGCACGCGGCGUCCCGCCUCCGGCACCACCGCCCGCGCGUCGCCAGCGACUCGAGUGUCGGCGGCGCCGCGCCCGCGCCGGCUCGUGUUCAUCUUCGGACCUCUCGGACGACGACUCCGAAAAGAAGAAGCGCGCUGCAGAGCACGCCGACGGACCACCAGAACGAGCACGUCGGGACUCGCACGACGACUCUAGUGACAGCCAAGAACGCGGGGGAGGGGCCGGAGCGCUAGGCGGCAGCCGUGGGGCCACUCGGGCGGCCGCGCCUGCGUCCGCACCCGCCGAGCGCGGCACCGGCGGGGCGGCCGGGGACGGCCGCGCUGGCGGCCCGGCGGGGGCGGCCGGCGGCCGGCGGCGGCGCGCGGCACGCAAGGAGAGUCGGCUGCGUGAGUCGCGGUCGCUGAACCGCAUCGCGGAGGUAGAGGAAGCGCACGGCGCGGCGCGCUGGGCGGGCGGCGGCCUGGUGGCGCUGUGUGGGCGGCCGCUGCUGCGGCUGCUGGCGGCGGCGCGGCCCCCGCCCGCGGCGCGGCGCCUGCACGGGCUGUGCUAGCCCCGCGCCAGCCCGCGUGCCGGGCCGCGAGCCGGCCCGCGCGUCGGCCCGCGUGUUAACCCGCGCGGCGAGCCGCACGGCGCCCCGCGCGCUGGCCCGCGCGUCGCCCGACCACCGGCUCCGGAGCCUCUCGAUCCCGCCGAACUUCGUUUCCCGAAUCCUUGGGUACCGCGCCGCAACCAACACAUUGGGUAAUUUAGGAGAAUAUUAUCACACCGACGGUCCGCGCGAUGGCGUCUCCGCGUGAACGACGAUGAUUGAUUUUUAGAUUUUUGAUGUAACGAACCCGAUAAAUAUCUAACUACUUAUCCUUUAGACGCCGUCUCUUAAAAUACGGCCGGAAAUGAAGUGAGUGAUGUCGUCCGAGUUAUCAUCGAACAAAUAUGAAAUUAAAGCUGAAAGUGGGAAAGACUAGGUAAUACAAUUAAAGCUUAACGCGUGAGACCAUUGUCGACAUUUUUGCUGUCUGGCUAGUAUUUGAAAAGUUUCUACUCAUUGUAUUUUUAUAAAGAAAAUCCUAACAGGAAAACAGGGUUUCUAAUGGUUCAGUUAAAGCGUAAAUUCAAAUUCAUGGGUGAUGAUGAUAACUCAAUGACGGAGGGUAGCAAAUUGUUUUACUUUUAGCUGUAUAUUAUAUAUUGACUGAUUCACAUUCAUUAUCUCGUCUUGACCAUUCGUUAGGUUAAACAGGGUUAUAAUAUUUUAUUUUGAAAAACUUAAACAUUUUACAAUUUGCUUUGUAACUUUCACUUGUAGGUAACCGUUUCUAUUCUGUUGUUGAAUAUUACAUCAUUUUGUGUCAUCUGUACAAGUCAUUAUGAAGAUAUUGUAUAAUUUUUAUGCACUGAUUGUACUACAGAUAAUUUUUAACUUUUCCAGGACUCUGUAAAUUGAUAUGAGCCCACAUUGUUGAAUUCUUUGCCUGCUAGUAAAUUUGUGGUUAUCUAUGUAUCAGUGGAGAGUAUUGACAUAAAUUCUGGUUGCAAUAUCACGUACUCAAGGAAUAUAAUUUCGUAUUAUCUUCUCUUAAUUUUAAGCAUUAUUUUAUUUAUUUUUUCAAAGUUUUUAAAUUUUAUCUAAUGUCUAUAUAGCAGUGAAUGUUUUGAAUUGAUCUUUUACAUCUUUUAAAGUUAUUUUCAUAAGAUUUUCCAGUACUUUUAUACAAACGCAUGUAUGUUUAUUGUUUUAGAAAUACAUGCUUUUAUACUACUCAGAAUUUAUACUAAUUAAUAAUUCAUAUAUCUAAAUCACACGAGUGUUAAAGGUGAUUGUAUUCUUUUUCAUUUGCGUCAUGCGUGAUGACCCGUCCGAUUAGGAAAAGUAAAAUUAGCUUAUUGUGUGUGUAACUGAUGUCGCGUCGUUAUAUAGAGUCAUCGCUUGAGUGCAUCACUGCGGCUGAGCUCGCCUCGCACUCGCGGCGCCGACACUGCACGACUGCACCUGUUGCUUCCAUCUUUGUGAACGAUAAGUGCUACAAAAUAUGGAUAUCUGAACCACAUAAUAAGUGUUUGUGUUCGUGCGAAUUCUUACCUUUUUAUGGAUUCAUGGUAUGUUGGGCGCUAGAUCCCAUCCAUCAGACUGGUAAUUAGGUACAUAUUUGUAGCAUAUUUUCUACCUCUUUUACGACUGUAUUAUCAAUACUAUCAUUGCAAAUGAUUUAAAAUUGUUUUCAAUACCUGUAAAAUAUACAUAAGUUUGUACUGAGUGUUUGUUUAUAAUUGUUAUAAACAUAAAUGGUAGAGUAAAACUCAUGUAGCAUGAAGACGGCUAGCACUAGAUCUGUGCAAAAUAUACUAAUUUAUUGUAGUCGUUAAUAAUUAUCAUAGACUUGAGCGUAUCCAGUGUGUGAAACGCUUCAUUUUCUUUAUAUAUCGAUACCUGCAUUUAAUCAUGUAGGCGUCUUUGUCGCUAACUCAUUUGUGAAUUUUAAGAGGUAAAUGUUAGUUGAUUAGAUUGUGAAAACAAAAAUUGUUUAAUAAUUUGUAGAUUGUAUGCAUCUUUAGAAUGGUUACAUUUUUUUAAAGUAAGUUAAUGUUGUGUAUUUAAAAAUCUAUGUACAUAUUUAAAUUGUUGUAAAUAAAUAGUCUAUCUCAAAUAUUACUUAAAUAAGUAACAUUUAGUUAAUAUUAAUAAAGCAAUGUCGCAUACAAUAUCUUACUAGGUUGACAUUGUAGAAUAAAAAUUGUGUAAUACACUUAAAGUUGGAUCAUGAGGCACUGCAGUGGUGCUCUAAGUUUGCAAUAAUUAUACCCAGACCAAAGAAAGAAAUUGUGUGUUAAUGCAUUUCCUAUUCUUGUGCUGUUCGGUGCCAACUUAAUAUAAAUUGUAUAAUUUUGGUAAAUUUCAGAUAAAUGUGUGUGAACCACUGUUUCCCUAGUAUAUUUUGUGUCGGUGCUUGUUAUUUAAAUAAUGGUCGAGAUUAAUAUUUGGAGAUAUUAUUAAAAGUAUAAAAGUAAAAUCUAA